AUGAGUUCAAAUACUCUAUAAACUUAUCUUCAAAAUUAAAUCACUUCAAUAACUCUCAACAUAGAACAUAUACAAAAAGAUAUUUCUCUACUUCACAACUAAUUUGAACAGAAAAUAUUUACAGCAAAAAGAGAAUGUACUAUCAUUAAACAUAAAUUAUAGUAAAUAAUAGAGAUGAUUCAACAUAAAUAUAAAUUGAACAAUUUAAAUAAUAAUUUGAUAAUACAAUCAAAGUUUUAGAAUAGAAAAUGUUACAUAUAGAUGAAAAUAAAAUGGAUCAAAAUGAAGCUUAUUAAAUGAUGGAAUCUAAUAGAAAAAACAUAUAAGAAGAUAUAGAUUUACUUAAAAAUGAAAUGGCUUAUUAAAAAAAAUAUUUUGAUGAUUAAAUUAAUGAAAAAAUAAGACAUUUAUAAAUUUCUAAUUUGACUGAAUAAGUUCAUUAAACCAAAAAUCAACUCUAAUAAUAUUAUUAAGAGGAAUAGAGAUAAUUAAAUGAACAUUAAAUACUUACUAAAUCUUUACUUAAUGCAAAUACAAAAGCAUUUUUUUAAGAAAUAGAAAGAAUAGUUUAAUAAAUAGAUUCAAUAAAAAUAGAAAUAAAUGAUUAAUAAUAAUUAUUUAUUAAAAAACCUGAACUAGAAACUAAAAUUAAUUAGAUUCAUUUAUAAUUUGAAUUAAAAUCAGAUUUAAUUGAAGUAUAGAAUGCUUUAAAUACAUAAUAAAUUGAUAUUGCCUAAAGAUUUUAAGAAUUUAAAGAUGAAGUACGUACUGUUUUAGAAUUACAAGGAAAUGAAUUUUAUUAAUUGAUUAAUAAGAAAGUAUAAAUAUUAUUUUAACUCAUUAAUAGGCAAAUCAUACUGAAAUCAUGUCCAUUUUAUAAAAUAAAAUAGAUAUGGAAAUACUUGUAUAACAUACACAUGAUAAAGUACCUCUCAAAGAUUUUCAUUAACAUAUGUCAUUAAUCGAAAACAUUGCUGUUGAUCUAGGAAAAAAAUAAGACGCCAUUACAUUUGUUGAAUACAAAGAUGCCAAUAAUUUGUAAAUAGCAGAAAUUUAAAAGGAUCUCCAAAAAAAAUUAUCUAAAAGAGAUUUCAAAGAUAUUCUUGAAAAAAAAGCUAAUCAUGAAGAUGUUUCUAAGGCCUUCAAAGAAAUUUAAUCUAUUUUUUCAACAAAAUUUAGUUAUGAAGAGUUUAAUAAAUUUUAAUAAAAUCAAAAUACUCUGAAUGAAUAAUUAUGUAGUUAAAAUAUAAUAGGAAGAUGGUUAUUUAAAGGAAACUUUCUAAGUCCUGGAAGUCUAAUCCCAUGGAAUAUAUAAGCAAUUAAUACAUUGACUGAAAAUUUCUUAUGGGAUAAAGAUAAACCAAAUAUAAUUGUAGUGGCUCCUGGUAUUUAUGAAAUAACACUUGGAUUCUUUGCUAAAAGAAAACCUAAGAUUGAUAUUAUGGUUAAUGGUGAGACUAUAAUCAAUGCUGUAAACAAUAGCAGGUACUAAAUAUUGUUAAAUUAGUUAUGUAGUGCAUCAUUCCUCAGGUAAAUUAAAGGAUACAAAGAACUCUGUAACUGGUUUAACAAUGAUUGAUUUUAUCUCUUUAUCUUCUCGAGCAAAAAUCAAUAUUGCCUAUUAAGGGGAUUUAGGAGAAGGCUUUUUAAGCUUACGAAAAGUAUGA